UCACACGCUUCGGAGCACAGCGCGACACGUUUUCCAAAUGUCAGGCUGUUGCUUUGUCCAAUUAUAGGGCGUAGUAACCCCACAUCCUGCUGCCGCCCCACCUCGUAUCCUGCUUUGUCAGGUCCACGUGAGACAUGACAGAGGAAGGAGGACACUUACAGCUGCCCAGAGCUGAUGCUAUUCGGUCACGGCUCAUUGACACCUUCUCCCUCAUAGAGCAUUUGCAAGGCUUGAGCCAAGCUGUACCAAGGCACACUGUCCGGGAGAUACUUGAUCCUUCUCGUCAGAAGAAACUCAUGUCAGGAGAUCAGCACCAGCUAGUGCGCUUCUCCAUAAAGCCGCGGCAUAUGGGCAUUACACAUUCCCAGCGGAUGCUAAGCCGGCUUCAUGUGCGGUGCAGCCAGAGACCACCUCUUUCCUUGUGGGCUGGAUGGGUUCUUGAGAGCCCUAUCUUCUCGAAUUUCAUCAUCUCCCUCAUCUUUCUGAAUACAAUUGUGCUGAUGGUCGAAACAGAGUUGAUGGAAUCCACAAAUACUAAAUUGUGGCCGUUGAAGCUGACUUUGGGGGUAGCAGAUUGGUUUAUCCUGCUUAGCUUCAUUUUAGAGAUCGUUCUAAUGUGGAUGUCCAGCUUUCUUCUCUUCUGGAAGAGUGCUUGGAAUGUCUUUGACUUUACUGUUACCACGUUGUCUCUGCUCCCUGAGUUUGUGGUGUUUAUGGGAGUCUCGGGGAACUCCGUGUGGCUCCAGCUGCUGAGGGUUUCCCGGGUGCUGAGGUCUCUCAAACUGUUCGCACGAUUUCGUCAAAUUAAAGUUAUCAUUUUGGCUCUGGUCAGAGCUUUGAAGAGCAUGACGUUCCUCUUGAUGCUGCUGCUUAUUUUCUUCUACAUUUUUGCUGUGACUGGAGUCUACUUCUUUGAAGACUAUUCCCGUUCAACUAUCGAAGACCUGCAGUACAACAUGUUCUUCUCGGACCUACUGAAUUCCCUGGUGACAGUGUUCAUCCUCUUCACCUUGGAUCAUUGGUAUGCAGUACUUCAGGAUGUCUGGAAGGUGCCAGAAGCUAGCCGUGUCUUCAGCAGCAUCUAUGUCAUCCUUUGGUUGUUGCUUGGCUCCAUCAUCUUUCGAAACAUCAUAGUAGCCAUGAUGGUUACUAACUUUCAGAAUAUCAGAAAUGAGCUGAGUGAGGAGAUGACCCACCUGGAGGUUCAGUAUAAAGCUGACAUAUUCAAGCGGCGGAUUAUCCAGAGGAGACAAAAUCUAUCCCCUGAAUUAGCAAGAGAAAUCAGUAAAGAAAAUCCCUCCAAACAGUUAUCAGAAGCUUUUAAAGAAUCUGUCAUCAUUGAUACCGAGAAAAGUGAUAUUGAGAAAAGUGAGGUUGGGAAAAGCGAUGAUGAGGGAAGUGACACUGAGAAAAAAGAUGCCGACAAAAGUGACUCUGAGAGAAGUGACUCUGAGAGAAGUGACUCUGAGAGAAGUGACUCUGAGAAAAGUGAUUCCGAUAAAAGUGAUUCUGAGCAGGAUGAAACUAAAAAAUCACAAAAAGACUCAUCAAAAGGAAAAAUCUUUUCCUCUUCCUCUUCCUCCACUCCUUUACCUUCCUUAAGCUCCUCUUCAGCUGAUCAUGAAUACAUUGAGAAGCUGGACUGGGAGACCCUUGUGCAUGAGAACCUACCUGGGCUGAUGGACAUGGAUCAGGAUGACCGUGUUGUUUGGCCCAGAGAUUCACUCUUCCGAUAUUUUGAGCUACUGGAAAAGCUUCAGUAUAACCUAGAGGAGCGCAAGAAGUUGCAAGAAUUUGCAGUUCAGGCACUGAUGAAUUUUGAAGACAAGUAAAGAUGCAAGGGAUGAUGGCUGUGUCUUUGGAACAAGCAAAAGCUAAUGAAGAAAAUAGUUGGAAAUAAGAGAAUUCAAAAUAUAAAUAUCUAAUAAA